AUGGUCAGAGAAUAUUCUAAGAGAAAUAAUCGAAUUACAAUUGGAAACUAUAUCGCUGAAUUAAAAAAUUUACAUGAUGAUGAAUUGAGCAACAAAAUCAAAAUUUUGGAAAAUAAAUUAGCCCCAAUUGAAGUUCCUAUUGUCAAACCACCAAAAAAAAAUUCCCAUUCACAGAUUUAUCAACCUUCAGAAAAUCUAAAUACUGAAAAUAAACAAUUGUUGAAUCAUGAAGUUGAAAUUGACUGUAUUACAUCGGAGCAGAUUGAUGAACAAGAUACAUGCACACCUGUAGAUCCGAGUCAAGGAUCUUUAGGAAAUUCGGUGUUUCCAAACUCAAAACUUGGGGUCAACUCAGGGUAUUGUCAGACUACUUAUGAGCCAAAUACAUUUGAUUCAAUUGUGUGUCCAAUUCCUGACUCUUUAAAAAAUCGAGCCUUUCAAUUAAUUCAGAUUCCAUCAAGAGAUCCAACUUGUACUGAAAAUUCGCCGAUUUCAAACUGCCAAUUGGAAAAUUUGCAACCUCUUGAUGUACAAGGUGAGCCUUUUUUUCCAAACCAAGAUCCUAAGGCAAAUUUAAAGCUUGUUUUUGAGCCUGAUAUACCUGUUCCUUGUCUUCCCGAGUUCAAAUUUCUAGAUAAUUCGUCAAUUGAAAUUUUCGGUGAAACAUUUAAUACAUUAAAUCAAGAAAUACUGGAAUAUUGUUUGAUCUUGAACAAUGGUUAA